CGUACACGGAAGUCAUCCAGGAUCUUAGUUGUAUGAGAUUUGUUUCUUCCAGUAGACUUUCUCGUUAUAAUUUACUCCUUUCUUUCACGGUUAGUGCGCCGUAAUGGCACUAAACAAUGGGACAGUCGGUGUGGAAACCCUGAUAAGAUAAUGUGCAGUUAUCAGCCAACGGUUGUAUCAAGCGCGGGUCAAUGGACGCCAGGACUUGAAGUGCUGCUGUUUUGACAGCUGGGUUGAGCCUCCAGUACCUGGUCUGCCUGCCUGACAGAGAGCUGCUGAGAACAGACAAAACCCGAGGUUUAAACCCUGAAAGAGCGAUUUAUUUUGUGUUGAGACGAACAUCCACAUCGGUGAAGUUGCUUACAGGCAGAAAGCUUCCUACUGAUCAGUGGCCAUGGCCUCACCCCGGCUAAAGUACCUCUCUCUGGGCGUGCUGGUGUUCCAGACCACCUCCCUGGUGCUCACCAUGCGGUACUCCCGCACCCUGCAGGCCGAGGGCCCGCGGUACCUGGCCUCCUCCGCUGUGGUGGUGGCUGAGGUUCUGAAGAUCCUCGCCUGUGUGCUGCUCGUCUUCAAGGAGCACAAUUACAGCAUGCGAGCUCUGAACAGCGUUCUGCGGCAGGAAAUUCUCCACAAACCAAUAGAAACACUGAAGUUGGCGAUCCCCUCUGGGAUCUACACACUGCAGAACAACCUGCUGUACGUCGCCUUGUCCAACCUGGAUGCAGCCACCUACCAGGUGACGUACCAGCUGAAGAUCCUGACCACAGCUCUGUUCUCGGUGUCGAUGCUGGGCCGCAGGCUGGGCAUCUACCAGUGGCUCUCGUUGCUGAUUCUCAUGGUUGGAGUGACUCUUGUGCAGUGGCCCUCCGAGUCCGCAGUGACCCCAGAGAAGGAGGCCCUCUCUGCGGGCUCCCAGUUCGUUGGCGUGGCAGCAGUUCUGGUGGCGUGCUGCUCCAGUGGAUUCGCUGGCGUCUACUUUGAGAAGAUCCUAAAGGAGAGCAAGCAGAGCGUCUGGGUCCGAAACAUCCAGCUCGGGAUGUUUGGCCUGGUGUUUGGCCUCUUUGGGAUGCUGGCCUACGAUGGAGAGAGGGUGAAGGAGUCGGGAAUGUUCCAGGGAUACAACACGAUCACCUGGACUGUCGUGGCGCUGCAGGCGCUGGGUGGUCUGGUCAUAGCAGCGGUCAUCAAGUAUGCAGACAACAUCCUCAAGGGCUUUGCUACAUCGCUCUCCAUCAUCCUGUCAACUCUUAUAUCAUACUUCUGGCUCCAGGACUUCGACCCCACCAGCGUGUUCUUCCUGGGGGCCUUUUUGGUCAUCAUGGCCACUUUCCUGUAUGGCUACGAAGGCAAGCCGCCCCCCAACCCCAGCAGGGCGUAGGACACUCGCGGCUGACACUGCAGCAGCAGCAGGAGGUCCUGUUGAAGCGUCAGGACGUGGAGGGGAAAGGAGGACAGAGGGCUGGAGGAAAAGAAGGGGAAAGGUCUUUAUCAUAUAUUGUGAUCACAGAAAGGACAGAGGAGGGGAGCAGGAAGGGAGAAGGUAAGCAGGUUGGGAGCAGAGGGACGGGGAGAGACGGUUAAAACAAAAAGCAAGCACAACGCUGUGAUGGGUCUCACACACCAAAAGUGCCUCAGCUGAGAUGGCAUCCAGUGUUUAUAAUUACAGCUGUAGAGAUAAUCCUGGCUGCCUCACCUGCAGAUCUGGAGGGGUGUUCUCGACGGGACCGACUGAUUGUUUUCAUUAGGAGCCUGUUUGACUGCCAGUCACUGUUACUGCCACAUCAAUCACACCUCGACACUAAAGCAGGGAUGCUCAACUUGCCGCGGCCGGGGGCCACUGCCGCAAAAUGAAAAUAAAUAAUAAUAAUAAUAAAAUGAAUAAACAUUAAAAGCUCUUUGCUGUUUUCCAAUUAACUGACUUAACUAAAUUUACGUGGUGCAAGCAUUGACAAAUCAAAUGUUUGACUGCAUUUAAUAGCUAAAACUGCGUUUUAGUUGUAAAUGCUUCUGUUACAACAUAAGACAAAGCUGGAAUCCAUCUCCAUUUAAGCUCUUUUUAAGUGUGAAAUACAUAUUUAUGGGAGCAGAGUUACCCUCAUUUCUGCAUGCAUUUGCUGCUCUUCACUUGUUUUCCCUGCAUAAUUUUCAUCGGUUUGGGCUGUGUCACGUUGCGACAGCUGAUUGCGACCGUUCCAGACAAUGCUUGUGAUUCCACCAGAAGCCCCGCGGGGCGUUUCGGAAGCGGCUCUCCACUGAAAAUACACGACUGGUCUGUGUUUGAUGGACACCGCGUGAAGCUGCACAGAGCUGGACAGGAAGUCCGACACAGGAAAGGCACAGAGAAUCUUUCAGAAUAAAACACAGACUGCUAAUCGUAUAUCAACAAUAAACACCUUUAAAACAGACAAGAAGGAAACCACUAACUAUGUAGCCUACUUACUGGUGGAAGCACAAACGCUAAUGAAAAAGUACCAAAUCAUCAAAAGCUGAGCAAGUCAACAAAACUGGGCAGGCAAAAGGCUCCACUUCUGAAACGCUCCCAGUGGAUUAUGAAGCCCUGCAGAGGACAGAACAAAACCACAUCGCAGCCAGAAUGUGACGCAGCCAUGCCAGGUGGAAUCGAGCUGUCGUCUGAUCUUGCGGCACUUUGUGCAGCCUGAGAGGCCAUCACACCAAGAUCAGCCUUCUCUCUGUUACCAGCAGCUUAAUUUGCCCCAUCAUACAAAACUGGCAUGUCUGUCCCUCCGCAUAGCCCUGAAUAAUUGGUGUAUAAAAAAGCAAAAAAAAAACCCCACUCUGAAUCAAUUUAUUUUUAUUGUGUAUUAGAAAAUGGUCGGCGGGCCACCCGGCACCCUAUCGUGGGCCAGACUGUGGCCUGUGGGCCGCAAGUUGAGUAUCACUGCACUAAAAGAUUGAAGAGGCAUACAGGCAGGAGUUUCUAAAGCUUCUUCAAAACCAUGUUUUUUAGAUUUAGUGUGGGCAUGUUCACCUCAGAGCUGCUGUAUUUAAGGCUCUUUCUUAUACCACUUGGAGCUGAAAGCACAUUUCAACCCAUUUUUUCCCUGAAAUGAGCCUUCCCAGUUCCCUGUUGACUCUAAAGCUGCGUACAGCACCGCAAGCCAUAACACCAACCGGUCACAGUUAGUUUGGGACCACGGUUGGUGUUCAAGCCUGCUAUAGAGGUGGGAUUUGUACACGGCUUUAGAGGCCUGUCUGCCUGGGAGGCAAGACUCGGGGCAAAAAAACUCAACAUUCAAUGCACCAAGAGCCUUUAGACUAUGGUAGCUGAAGUGACCAUAACUCGUAUUGUUGUCCUUAAUUACAGCUCUCAUCUUGGGUUUUGUCCAGCUAUUUUUGGAAACAAUUUUUGUUGCCAGGCAACAUAUAGUCACUGGGAUGUCUUUGAUAACAUAUAGCGCAUCUCUCAGUGACAGAGCUGUGUUAGUGUCUGACUCUGGUAUGUCUGUGUCUGGUGGAGUUUAAUAUUUGACAGUAAUCUGGGUGUACGAAUAAAAUGCGACAGGAAUAAACUAAUGUGACACUUCAGAAACGCUGUUCUGGGCUGAAACAGGGGUUCUCAUUCAAAGCGAAUCGGACGGUUUAAUAUGUGGUGAGGAUUAUUUUGUACAACUUGAAAUUAUGUUAACUUCGGGUGUAAAUAAUAGCACCAUUUAAAUUGUAAUCUAUAAACCUAAAUGGAUUGUCUGUUUAACUUAUUCAUUCAUUAAUUAGGCGUUUAGGCGUCAAAGCCACUGAUUACAAACAUCCAGCUCCUCAUGUCCUGUGCUCAUGUGACAAUAUAUUCUGUUGAUUCUGAGGCAAAGUAAUCAAACAUCACUGAAUGUGGCCCAACUAAGUCUGAACUGACUGAAUUGUUGAUGCUAAUUACAUCUGUGAGGCAUUAUUUACACAGGAAAUAAUAUUGGAUUGUACGAUUUGAUUGGUGUUUUUCUUCUGGAACUACUUUUAUUUUUCUUGGGAUAAAGCGGGUAAAAUUAAUAACUUUAUUAUUUUAAUUACCAACAUGUGAAUCUUUUAUAAAAGAAAAAUGUUUCCUUUGA